GCGGACCGCUGCAGAGAUUCUUCGUAGCGGAGCCCCGCCCAUCCUCUGUUACGCAUAUGUUUGGAUCUCAUUUCUUCCACUCAUUAACGUUCCAGAUGGUGGCUCGUAGAAAAGGAGAACGCGUGGUUCGAAAGAAUGAAGUGGAAAAUGUGCAGCAGAGAGCAUGUGCCAACAGACGGGAACGUCAAAGGACCAAGGAACUCAAUGACGCUUUCACACUUUUGCGUAAACUGAUCCCGUCGAUGCCCUCAGACAAGAUGAGCAAGAUCCACACACUACGCAUUGCAACCGAUUACAUAUCCUUCCUUGACGAGAUGCAAAAAAAUGGAUGCAAACUGUAUGGCCAUUCGAUCUUCGACGAAAAACGUGGAUACAAUUUACAGUCGGCUUUCAAUAUGUGGAGGGGUAACAAUGGAUACACACCAAUUGCUGGACCUUCACAGUUGCCUCCACUACAAUCUGCACAUAUUCCCCCUCCUGCUCCAUCCAGCAUUCCUCCACACUGUCUGAUGCCCCAGCCUUGGUAUCAGACUUGUCCGCCGCCAAAACAAGAAUUUCAUGAACUGUGUCCCAUCUCAACUCCAAAUCCCAAUUCAAAUCCAAAUCAACUCACUCCAAUUCACUGGCAAUAAUUUCGAAUAUGGAAAAAACUGGCCAGCUCCUAAUUUAUUUGAUAAUGUAUGCUUCUCAAUCAACAUAGUCCUCAUGAUAUAGUGCCUUAUUCUCAUUUUUGAUGUAUCAAAUCUGUCUAAUAAUAUCUACUCGAUUUCAAUUUUCGUUUGCUCAAAACUUAAAAAUUUGCUUGAGAAUUUUGCAAGAGACUAUUAGUAAGCCCAUUGUUAAAUGAAACAAGUUUAUCCCGCAAA